GUCCAUUGGUAUCUACUCCUACUAGCAAAGUAGUAGCAAGCUAAGGAUGGCAAACUAAAGCUACUAGUACAAAUUAAAGCUACGUACCCUCCGACCUCGCCUUCCACGUUCCACACCAUGGCUGGCCGUCUCCUCCUGUUCGUGGCGGUUGUAGCCCUGGCGCUGCUUGCCUCGCCGCGCGGCGCCGUAGGAGUAUACCCGUGGAUAAAUUGCCGCGACAACGGCAUCCUGGCGGACAGCGGUUACAAGGCGAGCCUCAAGCUCCUCGCCGCCACCAUGCCGAAGAACGCCUCCAUGUCCCCGGGUCUCUUCGCCACCGCGCAGGCCGGCGUCGCCCCGGAGCAGGUCUGGGCUCUCGCGCUCUGCCGCGGCGACGCCACCGCGUCCUACUGCUCCAGCUGCCUCACCCAGGCAUUCCAGGACCUCAACACCUCGUGCGACAAAAAGGCUGCCACCAUCUACUUCGACUCCUGCUUGCUUACCUACACCAACAUCCACUUCCGCGCCGCCGACGACAUCAUCCACAGCCCGUAUUUCACAAUCCGCAACAAUGCUAACGCCACGGCAGAGCCGGCGCGGUUCCAGCGCGUCGUGGCGGCGCUCAUGAACGCCACCGCCAGCAGCGCUGCCUUCAACUCCUCCACGCGCCUCUACGCGUCUGGGCAGGCCUACUUUGACAAGGAGCUUCCCGAGGUGUACAGCUGGGCGCAGUGCACGCCGGACUUGUCGCGGGACCGCUGCUGGAGCUGCCUCGCCCGAGUCAUGAGGGUGUUACCCACCUUAUUCACAGACGCCAUCGGAGCCAGGGUUCUCGGGAUCAGGUGUAGCAUCAGGUAUGAAACCCAGCCCUUCUUCAAUGGCUCUGCCACGGUACGGCUGUCGUCGGCAACAUCAGCCACAGGGCCGGCGCCGAACGUGGUGCCUAAUAAUGUGGCGGCGAUUGCGCAAGGAAGAAAGUACAGAGUUCCUAUCAUGGUUCCUAUAAUUCUAUUGCCUCUCAUAGCAGCCAUAAGCCUGGUCGCCUACUUCAUUUUCUUGAGGAGGCAAGGGCCACUGACAGCAGAAAAGCAGCCAUACAGUGGCUAUUCCGCUGAAGCCCAUGAUAUUGAGAGUGUAGACUCGAUGAUGAUCGACAUUUCAACACUACGAGCCGCGACCUGCGAUUUUGCGGAGAGCAACAAGCUCGGGGAAGGCGGAUUUGGUGCGGUGUACAAGGGCACACUCCCAGACGGCGAGGAAAUAGCAGUGAAGAGGAUGUCCAAUAGCUCAACACAAGGAGUGGAGGAGCUGAAGAAUGAGCUGGCUUUGGUUGCGAAGCUCAGUCACAAGAAUCUUGUCAGGCUCAUUGGUGUUUGCCUGGAGCAGCAGGAGAGGCUGCUAGUGUACGAGUUUGUUCCUAACCGGAGCCUCGACCUCAUCCUCUUUGCCCAAGAUGCCGCGAAGCGUGAGCAGCUUGAUUGGACGAAGAGGUACAAGAUCAUAGACGGAAUCGCUCGAGGCCUACAAUACCUCCAUGAAGACUCCCGGCUCAAAGUAGUCCAUCGUGAUCUGAAAGCAAGCAACAUCCUGCUUGACAUGGAAACGAGCCCCAAGAUCUCAGACUUCGGCCUCGCCAAGAUCUUCGGGCGUGACCAGACACAAGGCGUCACCAGCCGCGUCGUCGGCACACAUGGAUACAUGGCGCCAGAGUACAUGAUGCGCGGGAACUACUCGGUGAAAUCGGACGCAUUCAGCUUUGGGGUUAUGGUCCUGGAGAUCGUGACAGGGAGGAAGAACACCGACGACGGCUCCCGGCAAUCUGAAGAUCUCUUGACCAAGGUGUGGGAGCAUUGGACGACCGGCACAGUGAUGAAGGUGGUAGACCCGUGCAUGAACGGCAGCUUCUCGGAGAAAGAGGUGCUCAAGUGUGUUCACAUAGGGCUUCUCUGCGUGCAGGGCAAUCCUGUGGACCGGCCGACGAUGUCGGCGGUGGUCAUCAUGCUUGGCAGCGAGACAUUCACUCUCCAUGCGCUGUCCAAGCCAAGGAGGAACGGUGCAGGUGCCGACUAGUACAAUGCAUCGAUCAUCUCAGUUUUAGUAUACAGUAUAUACAACAAUUGGCCAGGACCGGCACCACCUUUUCUGGUCAGGAGUUUGCCAGUAUCUCCUUUCAAUAUUGCCCGCGUGCAGAAAAUUAUGAACUUGCAAAAAGCUAGCCCGUAUGUCUCCUUCCUCGGUUUGGAUGGAUGACUCCAGAUUACCAUUGUACCUCUUUUAUGUAAUGAUGAUGCUACUGUUAUUGAAAUUUUAUAAAGAGAUGCAUUGUGAACUGUGA